GUGCAACAUUGUACUGCAAGUCAAUCAAUACAAUAAUAAUUUAAAUCACUUCAACUAUAAUGGAAAAGUAUGAAAAAUUAGCUAAGAUUGGAGAAGGGUCUUAUGGAGUUGUAUUCAAAUGCAGAAACAAAGCCUCUGGACAAGUAGUAGCUAUUAAAAAAUUUGUGAAAUCUGAAGAUGAUCCUGUCGUUAAGAAAAUAGCACUAAGAGAAAUACAUAUGUUGAAGCAAUUAAAACAUCCAAAUCUUGUGAACCUCAUCGAGGUGUUCAGGAGAAAAAGGAAAAUGCAUUUAGUUUUUGAAUACUGUGAUCAUACACUUUUAAACGAGCUGGAAAGAAACCCAAAUGGAGUUGCUGAUGGAGUGAUCAAAAGUGUAUUAUGGCAAACACUUCAAGCUCUUAAUUUCUGUCAUAAACAUAAUUGUAUUCACAGAGAUGUAAAACCUGAAAAUAUUCUAAUAACUAAGCAAGGAAUCAUCAAGAUUUGUGACUUUGGGUUUGCACGAAUUCUGAUUCCAGGAGAUGCCUACACCGAUUAUGUAGCUACAAGAUGGUACCGAGCUCCUGAACUUCUUGUGGGAGAUACUCAGUAUGGUUCUUCAGUCGAUAUAUGGGCUACUGGUUGCGUUUUUGCAGAGCUCCUGACAGGCCAGCCACUGUGGCCUGGAAAAUCAGAUGUGGACCAACUUUAUCUGAUAAUCAGAACACUAGGAAAAUUAAUCCCAAGACAUCAAUCAAUCUUUAAAAGUAACCAGUUUUUCCAUGGCAUCAGUAUACCUGAACCAGAAGACAUGGAAACUCUUGAGGAAAAGUUUUCAGAUGCUCAUACUGUGGCUCUGAACUUCAUGAAGGGGUGUCUGAAGAUGAAUCCAGAUGACAGAUUAACCUGUUCCCAACUCCUAGAGAGCUCCUACUUUGAUUCUUUUUGCGAGGACCAAAUUAAAAGAAAAGCACGUAAUGAGGGAAGAAACAGAAGACGCCAGCAGAAUCAACUGUUGCCUCUCAUACCAGGAAGCCACAUCUCCCCCACACCUGAUGGAAGAAAACAAGUCCUCCAGUUAAAAUUUGAUCAUCUUCCAAACAUUUAGGAAAAUGUUCUUUCAAGUGCAAAGUAAUUUAAUAUGUACACAUUUGGUACAAGUGAGAUAGGAAUUCUCAGUGUUUCAAAUGCAAAUGAGCCAUAUGAAAAUUAAGAUGCCUUCUAGAAUUGUUUUGCUCUGAUCAUUGCUGAUUCCUUUCCCCUUGCUUUUUACAUGCCAAUGUUAUCUUUUAGAAUAUUUUCUUUAAAUGUUAUAAAGCCUAAAACUGCACAUAUGGAGGAGAUAUUUUCAAUUUCAUCAGAGCAGCCCCUCCUGAGGCUAUUUAUAUGGAGAAUUUGUGAGAUUAUACUUUGAUUUAUGAAAAAGAUUUGCAUGUGUCAUCUUGCUUCAGCUGACCACAUAAUAUCUUAAAGCAAUAUCCAAUAGCCUGCCUCACUGUUUGUGUAAGAAAUGACAUAUGUUCCUGCAUUGUAAUUCAUACUUAUUGUAACCAGGUCUGUUGAGUAAUGCUGGUAUCUUAUUCUUUGUUUUUAUAUUGGUUUGGAAAGGGAACCUUGAAAGGUCAUUCAGCUUUAUCUCUAGAUUCCACAGCAGGCUCUACUUUGUCUCAUGAGGCAUUGAUGAUUCUAUUUUUAAAGGUAGCUAGAGAAAAUUACGAAUUCCAAUACAUAGCAAACAGUGGACCAAUGACAAGGAAUCAGUAACGCUCUCGGAUAAUUGGCUGCCAUUCUUUGCUAUAUCGCCAUUCCUUAUUCUUUUCUCCUCCUGGCUAAGUCAUCUCAGGACCCAAACCGAUCCUCCUGGUGUGUUAUCUAAAUAGCUCAUUGCCAGUACUCUCUUGCAUACAUUUGCAUCCAUAGCCUCUAUGAAAUUGUGCAGCCUAAAAAUUAGUGGGUGCAUCAUAAUCAGGUUGGUUUGUAAACACAAGAGCAGGAAGAUUAUCUUUCAGUUAAUAUCACUUUAUAUCUCUUACAAAACAACAAAGCAAAGCAAACCUCUCAAUAGCUGAGCUGAAUUUACUAUGGGGUAUUUUCCCAACUAAACUUGACAUAUGUAUAUACACGUAUAUUUGUAAAUAUAUACUUAAAAUUAUAAAUUUUGCAGCACCAUAGUAGAUGACUUUUAUCCUGGAUAUCAAAAAUAAUGCAGAAUAUUUGAAAGUACUUUUAGUUUGCUAACGAGGAACUCAUAUAAAAUAACAGCACAGGGCUAUCACUGCUAGACAAAAAGGCACAAUCAGUGAUAUCAGGAAAAAUUAAGAGUAUUUUAUUAACUAAUUUCUGCUCCCGUGUCUGGCAUACAUACCUGAAUAUUGUCAAAUUUUGCAAAUACACAUUAUUCCAGAAAUUUUCUGUGUCCGGCACCACGAGUUAAGGAUAUAUUAUAAUUGAAGAAACAUGAUAACAUCUUACGUUUAUUUCUGAAAGUCUUCUGCACUUAGAAACAUGUAAUCUCCCAGAGAAUCUCAUUCAGUUAUGUAGAAGCAUCCAUUUAAUAAGGAAUUAUGACAUCUAAACAAUAGUUUCUUGUUCACAGGAAGGAUUUUUUUUUUUUUUUU